AUGCGUCAGACCAUCCUGUACCCACAGGGAGGCGGACAGCUCAGUGACACGGGCACCAUCGCAGUCGAGAACCAGGAGCCUAGCUUCACGGUAUCUCUGGUCCGCAAGACACCAGACGGUACCAUCAUUCACUUCGGAAAGCCCAGCAAUGGAGAUCCAUCUGCUUUUGUAAAGGGCCAGACUGUUGUGCAGACAGUCGACGGUGCCAAACGAGACUACCAUUCCCGACUGCAUACGGCCGGCCAUAUCAUCGGUGUGGCGAUGGAGAUUCUCAUGCCACAUAUGAAAGAGAUCAAAGCCAAUCAUACACCUAAAGAGGCGGGAAUGGAAUAUGAGGGAUUGCUGUAUAAUGAACACAAGCCGGUGAUUCAGGCAAAGAUUGAUGAGCUUGUUCAGCAGGACUUACCUGUUACUAUCUCGUGGAUGGAUGCUGGCACCGUUGUUGAUGAUCGUGCUAAACCGGGAGAUGGUCCUGUUCGCAUUGUCAGUAUUGGUGGGCUUGAUCAGAGUCCUUGUGGUGGUACUCAUGUCCAGCGUACUGGUCUGGUUGGCUCGAUCAGUAUACGCAAGAUCACCAGAAAAAGUGGGAUUAGUCGCAUCUCAUACGAAGUUAAAUAG